AUGUCCUUCGGCGAUUCUCGCUCACAACAGUUUUCAUUUGAUCGCAGGGACCCCGACGAUCAGCCAAAAGUCCCAGCCUCGCAGUCAGACAUCGGCUUCCCCUCGACUCCGAUUGAGUCAGUGCAGGCGCCGGGCUUCCAACAAGGCGCGUUCUCCAUCCAGUCGUCGGCCUGGCCAUUUAAUAGCCACGGCCCAGCCUUGGAAAGCCACUCGCGACCAAUCGAAGUGUUUUCUACUUCUCUGGACCCCCAGGGCUCAUCUACUUCUUUAAAAUCCAGCUCCAGUCUUCCGUCAUCCGCUCUGGAUUCCGACACGCCGCUCUCUGGACAGAGUGGUCAGCCUUCUUUUGACGGCGUCGAUCAAAAAGAGCAGUUAACUGACUACCAAACACAUGGCCUUGAGAUCACAUCAUUACCUAUGUCAGUAGCAUCAGAGUCAUACUUUGCUGGCCCAAUGCAGCCAAAUUCCCAACACUAUAUGUGGGCCAAUCGCCCCUUCCAGCCCCUUCAAUCGCCGCCGGGGAAUAUGAACCAGCAGUACCCGCCUUCACAACCCUAUGCUACGACGGGGUAUCCCGUUGGUUACAGCAGUCAGCCUAGCGGAGCUCUCCCUAGCUAUCAGCAAGAGCUUCCAACACCCUCCUCAUAUCUCCCAGUCGCGCCUGGUAGCGCCCAACGACAAAAUCCAUCACGCAGUCCACCGAUCCCCCGUUCAUUCCCUUCUCAUUCUGCGGCUACUAUGCCUGAUCCACCAUUAAUGCCCUCUUCACCUCCUUACAUCAUGAGCCAACAGCAAUACUAUCUCCCCGAAGCGCAACCCAUCCCUUCCUCUCACAAUUCUUCUAUAAGCUCGCAGACCUCCUCCAUGAUGCACGAUUCCAUAUAUUCGGCAUCCGAGCCAGCUACGGCCCAGCCAGAUACAGCACAAGAGCUCCACGUGAUGAGCUCGCGCCCACGCCCUCAAUGCUGGGACCAUGGCUGUAACGGUCGAGAGUUCUCCACAUUCAGCAACCUACUACGACACCAACGCGAAAAGUCAGGAGUGGUAGCCAAAGCAGAAUGUCCCGUUUGCGGUGCCGUAUUCACACGCACGACAGCGCGCAAUAUCCAUGUUGCACAGGGUAAAUGUAAAGGCGCGGGGGGAGAAUCAUCGGGGGAGUGA